UAAUUAUAUCGUUCGUAGUGGUGUUGAUAUACUUAUUUUUAUUCACUGAAAAUAUUUCAAUAAACGAGGCAGAAUUUGCGAUCCGUACUUGAUUGAAAAAAUACGACACGCUCUACCAGGUUUACAAUUGUAAAUAUUAACUAUGUAAACAAAUCUUUAAAUUUAAUUUACGCGUCGCGUUUGUGAUUGAGAAAAUUAUAACAUACAGGUACAAGGGUUCUUUUGACCUCGUUUUCAUGAACGAAUUUAACCGUGUUCGUAAUGUCAUAAACUAAUCAGAUAAAAUUUGUGAAUAUAGAACAGUGCUGAACUAAUGCAAAAUCCGGAUGUAAAACUUACUUUCCGUUUAGUAUUUUUGAUGAUGAGAUCAGAUUUUAAUUGGGAAUAUGAAAGGAUCUUAAUACAUGCGAACGAAGUACUUGUUGAUUUGAGAUACUGCGGCUAGAAGAAACCAAAGCCUUUAACAAUACGUUGGGACGUCGCAUCAUCGAACACAUAUGUUGAGGCGACAGUUGUUAUCAUAUUGCUUUCUCAAACAAUGAAGCUUCAAUAUCGACUCAGACAUUAUUAUACGCAGCAAAAUGCAGCCCGUUUGAGUUCUUAUACGCCAUAAUUUAAUUUUAUGAAAACCCGUCAUAUUGAAGCGCAUUUUAUUGUCGUUUGUGUAACGCCCAUAUGUAUGAAGUGACGUCAUAUAAUAAUAAGUGACGUCAUGGCGUGUUGCUCGUGCGAAUGGGGGCGGAAGGAGCGGCAGACCUAUCUGAAGCAGUUGACGAUGCAGCAGGAGAACGAAUUUCUGGUGGAGAUGGAAAAGGUGUUUGAAAAGCACGGAAACCAGGGUGUUCGGCUCGAGGAGUUGCAUGGUGAGCUAAAGAGCACGGGAGCCAUGGAGACUGUUCCGCACACGAAGCUGACGCGCAUGCUUGAUGAGGCCGACGCCGACAAGGACAAAAACCUCACCUUCGAAGAGUUUAAAAACAUGUACGCCAAGAUCGACCGGAAGGAGAAGCCGGCGAUGCGGCGGUUCGUGUCGGCAGCGGUCCAGAACAUCGUGCCUCGGUCGCUCCGAGAGGACUUCCUGGCCAACUACAACUGCCGCCCGCCGCCCGUGUUCAUGAUCGUCAUCAGCGUCAUUGAGAUCGGGGUGUUCAUCUACUACGCUGACAUUAUGGCGCGGGGAGGGAGACCUGUGACGGCAUACGAGGGUGUCCCCAAUCCCAACGUUCUAAUGUACAUGCCCACGAGACGGCACGAGGCGUGGCGCUUUGUAACCUACAUGUUCGUUCACCAAGGGUACAUUCAUCUCGUGUUCAACCUGUUUUUCCAACUGUUGCUCGGCCUCCCACUUGAAAUCGUCCACAAGUGGUAUCGCGUGCUGCUCGUCUACAUCGCCGGCGUCGUCGGCGGCUCAUUAGCGCAUAGCGUCACCGACUACAACGUGAAUCUUGUCGGUGCCAGCGGCGGCUGCGACGCGCUCAUCGGCGCCCAUAUGGCGAGCGUCAUAUUGAAUUGGAAGGAGAUGAACUACAAAUGCGACAAAUGUGAACCACUGCGCAUCUUCACGAGCGCAUACUUCCAACUGGCGAUUCUCUUGUUGCUAGUGGUAGUGGAGAUGGUAAACGCGGUGUACAGACGAUUUUUUGAGGACGAUGCCGGAAAGGUCGGUCUUACUGCGCAUAUCGGGGGGCUUGUUACAGGCCUGCUGAUUGGAUUUAUAGUAUUGAAGAAUAUCAACGUGGAAUCAUGGGAGCGGAAGUUGGUGUACGUGACCUUGACCCUUGUGCCUAUCUACUUCCUGUUUUGCGUCAUACACAAUUUAGUGUUCCCGGGAUAUCCCGAAACAGACACAAGUUUUUGCUGCUGACGAAACAUUAAUUACUAUUUGGAUCUUUCAAUAAUUGCCGGUGCUCAGUUUUUACGUUUAUUAAGUUUGUUUUCAUCUUCACUCAUAUAAUUUACGUGUACAUGUACAUGGCAUUUUGUUUUUGUUCAUUUUAGCUUGAUUGCAUAGAAAGCGAUGUGCUUAGGAAUUUCUCUCGGAUUUGCUUCCUGUGAAUACGCAGCAAUACAGAGUGUUUAUAUAUAUAUAUGGAUGGGGAUCUAGCACAGAAUAUCCAGUUGAAAAGAAAGACACCGUAUCCAAUAGAUGUGGCCAUACUGUGUUAUUUCAGGAAGCAACAAUACAUUGUAUUAAACACAUGAAAUUGCCUUGCUGAUCAUGAUGUUAACUAUUUAAGUUUCGGUUCUUGGCUUUACAAUUGUGGCUGAUUUCGGCUAUAUCGUUGUGUCGUAUUGGCUAGUUUAGUUUAAACCUAUUUAUAUUAGCUUGAUUGCAUCGAAAGCCUCAGGCUUAUUCAAAUGCUCUCGAUUCCGUUGUAUGUGCUUAGAACCAGUACUUGGUGUGUUUUGGGAAGAUCUAAAUAACGCACCGACAUUUGGGAUCGAACCCGUGAUCUCACGGUCGCUAGGCGGACACCAUAACCAUAACACCACGACGACCUGCCGUAUUGGAUAAUUUGCAGGGUGCCAAUACAGCUACACAACGACAAA